UUCCUCCUCUCUCGCCCAUUUACUUACUACCAAUUGUGUGCAUGCUUUACGCCCCCCAUCCCCCUCAUUAAUGCCUUGCCUUUUAAGCACUCUUUCCUUCCUCGCAAUUCCAAACUUUACACUUCUCUACCACGUACCUGUCCGUCUCUCUUCCCCUCGCUCUCAAUUGUUCCUGUGUCAUUCUCCGUCUCCCAAGCGAGGAGAGCAUGCCUCUAUGUCCACAGAGAGGGAGAGACUCGACGAGAUCGGUAAGAAGAUCAAGCGAGAGCCGGACCCCGCCGCCAUCGCGGGCGUCGUAGUCGCCGUCUCACCGACCGAGCACCACGUCCACCGCCGCCUAGGCCCGGGCAUCGGCGGCGCCGUGAACAUCGCGACCCCGUGCGCCGCGUGCAAGCUCCUCCGCCGCCGGUGCGCGCACGAGUGCCCCUUCGCGCCCUACUUCUCCCCCCACGAACCCCACAAGUUCGCCGCCGUCCACAAGGUCUUCGGCGCCAGCAACGUCUCCAAGAUGCUCCUGGUGCCCGAGGCGGAGAGAGCCGACGCGGCGAGCAGCCUGGUGUACGAGGCGAACCUGCGGCUGCGCGACCCGGUGUACGGCUGCAUGGGCGCGAUCUCGAUGCUGCAGCAGCAGGUGAACGCGCUGGAGGCUGAGCUGGAGGCCGUCAGGGCCGAGAUCUUCAAGCACAGGUACCGGCAGGCCGGCGUCGGGGUCGGCGUCGGCGCGGCAAACCUCAUUGUCGACGACGGUGCCGCCGCGGCCGGAGGCUUCAUGCCUCCUUCCACGACGCUGGUGCACACUGCCGACGUGGUUUCCGUGGCGGAGGCCGGACAAGAAGUGGCCACACUACCGGCGACGCCCACGGCCACGGCGUACGCUGCCGGACAGCCGUCGAGUGCUGACUACAGCUCCCUCAACACAAGUGAGCAUGAUGCAUACUUUGGUUGACAUGCAUGGAUUUAUUUGCGAUUCUGGUGAUUGAUGGAGAUCACAAUCGAUUAAUUAACUCCCCGAAUAAACUUUGUGCAAUUAUAUAACUCUCUCUAUACAUGUAUCUUCUCUAGAAAUAGAUAUAACUGAUGUGGAUAUCUUGGGUGAGAAAAAGUUGUCCAGUGAUCGAUGUAUCUGCCCUUAUAAGUUUCUUGUGUGUGCCCACUCAUCCAGUGUGAUUGCUUGGUUGAUUUAA